AUGUCAACACAACAUCUAGAAAAAGCCGAGCCUGCACAGGCUACGGAGCCUACAGUCACGGAAAGGCCCCCGUCUAAGCAGUCGUUCAUGUCAAAAGUUCGACUGCGCGAACCUGGCCCGACAGCCCUUUCACUCGCCCAGAAGAAGGCCCUCACCACCAUUCUUUAUGGCUUGAAUAGCAUGGGUGCCACUUGGGCAAGUUCAAUACACUCGCCUGCCACCCCAAGCAUCGAGAAAGAAUUCCAUCUGGGCUCCCGGGACUCUCUCGCCGCAAGGCGGGUGGGCCCCCGGGAUGAAGAUUCAUUGAGCAAAAGACUCGAAGAAUUUACACCUCGAUUCACCUCUGUAAACAAUUUGUUCAUUGGCAAUUCCGCUGUUCUGUCAAGUCCAGAGUUGCCUCUCAGCUGUGACGGCCAAUAA